AUGGUAGACAUCAAGGCCCUGCAGAUGGACAAAGGCAUCAAAACGAAGGCCGAGAGAGAUCGACGCGUCAAGGAGCUGAACGAGAAGAACGUGAAGCUGUUCAUCGAAGAGCGGAAGCGGCUGACAAUCAAGGCCCAACGCCACGAAGAACAACUUGCCAAGCGACAUCAGGAUCAGAAUGACGAGCUUAAUAGAGAGGAGCAAAAGGCACUCGAAGCCGAAGAAGCCAACCACAAGGAGGAGCAGCUGGCCUCGCGGCCCGAGUCUGUCGUC